AUGGCUACACAGACCAAAAACUUCACCAUUAGUAGAGGUCAAAGCUCAGAUUGGAACAACGUCGGCCAUAAUGAUCAAAUACGGAAAAGACUUUUCAUAUUCUGCGAUGGCACUUGGCAGGAUGGUGUUAACAGCAGACACCGCUUAACUGUCACGUCGCAGAGCAUGCACCACGAUCCGGAUUUAAUGCUGGUUCACUUCACCGUUCGCCUUUCCAUGCCCGAAAAUCGAACUAAAUGCAAGGCGCUAAGAAGAUGGAGGACGGAGAUUCGAGAUGAAGAUGAAGUAGUCUGUUGGAUGUUGCAAGACAAAAUUCUCCUUGAAGAUAGGCUAAGCGACAAGGACUAUAGCAAAGAAUAUAAGGAAUACAGCAUAUUCGAAGCGUGGCACGAUGGCCGGUUUAUGGAGGACGAAACUGAUAGGAGCGUAUUUGCUGCUCACGUUCGAUCUCUGAUCCAGGAUCCGGCUGAAGAGCUAGAUGGGAACCUCAAUUCCUUUAUUUUGUUCCUAAAGAGGAAUUUGAAUUUCACAGGUCCUUAUCUUGCUUGA